CAAAAGGCUUGUCAAAGGCUUGUCGCAGGCUGGCUGGUCACAGAUGGGCUAAUGUUGCCUGGGCGUGUGGGCUCCGUGCCUUUGGGGUGCAGGAUGUUUGAAGCAUUUCAUGCUUCGGUAAUUCUUGCUAGCGAUAACUUUGUAGUAGGGACGCAGGUUGACGCCCGCACUUUGACGAGCUCACCAACUUUCUCUUCUUCUGUUUGUCCUAAUUUCCUGAGGCGCUGUGCGUGUACUGGUUUUCUUCAUCCUAUCGCAGGUCGACACAUUGUAAUACGCCUUAUUACAUAUUUCGAAGCAUCUUAUUCUCAACAACCUCUUGAUAUCGUUCAUACACCUCAAAAUGGAGAAAUACGCCGACUCCGAAUCAUCAUCACAAUCAGACCAAGAAAACGCCGCAUUCCUAAACACACUCUACCAAAAACAAGAAUCCCAACGGCGGCGGAACUAUGCUUACCUAACACUCUUCAACCUCUUCCUCUUCACAUUAUCAAUGCUAUCAUUGAUAACAGCGGUCAUGACGCAAAAGGACGACUCAGGACAUUCGACAGCAAAGUUGAUGGACAAGUUUGGAAUAUUCUCGCCCGCAAUGCACAUAGUAGAAUACAAGCAGGAACAGUUCAAACUACCCAACCCAUUAAACUCUUCAAAAUAUGUCGGCAUCACAGACGACGUGGAGAAUGCUUGGAUGGACAUUGCAUACUUGCCCGACCAAAUGGUCUCCAAAUCAGACUUCCCCAAACUGCAAAAGCCCGCAGACAGCUUACAAGUCACCGACCCACGCACGGGCGAAACAGGGUAUCGCGUCGGCCUCGAAGUCUUCCAUCAGUUACACUGUCUCAAUCUCCUGCGCAUGUCAACGUAUCCAGAGUACUACCCGAAGAUAUGGUGGAGUGAUACAAAUGAUGAGCCUCAGCGGGUGCGAGCGCAUCUUGGUAUGUUUACUCGCCUUUUUUCAGCCCUUUCCCAUUUCCUAAAAUAAAACUCCCCUUUGUUCUUCUUUUCUUAAG